GAUUUCGAUUCAUUCGAAUGCAACUUCCGAGUGAAGGCACCGACCAUGGUCACCCGAAACAAAAUCUUCUUGUCUUUUACAUGUAUGUGGUAGCUACAGUACAUGUUUGUAAAAGCUAAGCCAAGCCAUUGUUCUAUACUACUAGUAGUACCAGCAUCAUCAUCAUCAUGAGCGGCACGACGGAAGAGCCGCAACAACCAGGGCUGCGUGCCCGUAUCUCUCAAAACAUAGAAAUGGCUCGAAAAGGCUACGAGCAGCUGGUGAACGCCGUCAUUCGUCCACCUCGUGCCCAAUAUGCAAUGGGCCAUUUGGGUCCUGCGGUGUUUACAUUUUUGGGUCAGCGUUUCCGUCGCGAUGACAUAAUUUUGGAUACAGACAACAUGACGCAUCCAGAAGAUCCUGAGACGGAGCCUCCGCGGCCACUAAAAUUGCAGGCGUCUCUUUGGACUCGCGAGGGUGAUGAGUUUGUCAACCCGGGCAAACCCAAGACCAUGGUUGUCUACCUGCACGGCAAUGCCAGUGCUCGAGUGGAAGUUCUGCCUCAGUUGUCUUUUUUGCUGGCGUCUGGAAUUUUUGGCGUCUGCAGUUUGGAUUUUACCGGCUCUGGUCAGAGCGAUGGCGAAUAUGUCAGCCUUGGUUACUACGAGCGAUUUGACCUGGAAUGCGUCUUGCAGUAUUUGCAAAAUCGCUAUCGAAAUUUGGAAAUUGUCCUGUGGGGACGCAGUAUGGGAGCUUCUACAGCACUCAUGCAUGCCAGUGAGAAAACCAGAGAACAUAUAAGCGUUCGCCGACAAGACAGCGACACCGACACCAUUGGCGACCAACCAGACCCUGAUUCCUCCAAUGCCAUUCUCAAGGGAUUGAUCUGCGAUUCACCCUUUGCCAGUCUUCCCCAACUUUGUGAAGAACUCGUCGAAAAGGCAAAAGCUCAAGGAGUCGUCGUGCCCAGUGUCAUUGUCAGCGUGGCCAUUGCAAUGAUUGCUCGAUCGGUCUGGAAUCGGGCUCAUUUCCCCAUCAAGGAUAUUGCCCCCGUGGAACAUGCUCCCACUAUUGAUACGCCUGCACUAUUUGUCGUUGGGGCCGACGAUGACUUUAUCCCACCCCAUCACAGCGAGGAUAUUUGCGCAGCCUACCAACGAGGCAUUUCCACCAACUUGUUGAUGGUUCCUGGCGGUCACAAUGACGCUCGACCUCAAUUGGUGUUUGAUGCAGCGGCUCAAUUUCUCAAGUAUCGACUAUCUUUGACGGAAGAUUGUGCAUUGCCAGUUCCUGACAAAUUGAAAAAUGUUCUUCACACGAGUCCUCCGUGGGCGUUUCACAGCCAUCCCGAUAUCUUUCAGGUGCUCAAGAAUACCAAGACCAGUACGACUAGUUUUGGCAACACGACAACCGCAGAAGCAAUGGCGGAUGAAUUUGGUAUGACGCAACAACGUCAAGAUGAUAUUCAAGACAAGAUUCAUCUGAUGUUGGGACAGCAGCAGCCGGCCAAGAAGCAAGCAACUCCCGCCCCCGCGGAUAGUCCUAGCACUACUAGUACCGGUAGCACAACUGCAAGCACUAGCGACACCACCACCAAUGGAAGCACCGGCACCGCACAGCCACAAAGCCCCACCAGUAGCCAGGAACACAUUUCGGUGGGUGUGCCAAUCAGUUUCAAUUAACUUGGGAGAACAUGAUGUUUUUGGAACUACGGUACGGUACCUAAGUAACUAACUAUUUAGAGAGCCAACAAUGGAAAAAGGAGAAUGCAAUCAAUGGCAGGGUUUAUUUCCUUGUCAUGAGAACUACUUACAUGUAUAUCAAGUAUAGCUUCAAGUAUACUUGUAUUAAUAGUUCCGUCAUUUUGCACACCUUAAUCCAGUGAAUUUUAAUAAUAUCGUAUUGCCUCGUA